ACCAACGAGUCCGCGGAAGAAGAUAUGCGGGUACCGUUAAGCACGAACGAAGUGGAGUCGGUGCGUCAGCCUCUUCGGCCAGUAUCACCACUUGCACACCGACGGGUACCUGCAGUUCUUCGCGACCUACGAAACGAACAGUACCACCAAAUAAACGUAUUGGGAAAAAACGCGCAAGUGAACACAAAGCAGUGAUUUGUUUACUGUCAUUUGAGAACGUUCUAUGGGUACCAAGAUGAAGUUGUGGACCUUUGUUACGAUAUUCAUUUUGUCCUGUGUAUAUGCAGCGACGGAUCCGACGACGACACCGAGUGCUGAUCCUGAGGAACCGCCGGAAGGUUAUUACGCCUUUGUCGAGUCACCAAACGCUGAACCUCCAAGGGUUAGACCACCACCAUACACUCCAGCUCCCAUAGACUGUCGCGAGGAUGAAGAUAAAACUCCUCACGUCUCCCCUUUUAAUUUGUGUGGUGACUUGAAUAAAGGAGUCAUCCCAAGAAACCCAAUGGGCCAAAACGUCUUGGGAUCACCUUAUCCAUUUGAGUUGAUACGAAACAUGACGUUAAAAUACUUGAGCAGGACAUUACCUAUUCUAAAGGCGGACGAAACACUACCAAAGGUCGCACAAAUGCAAGAUGACCUUAUUUCACAGAACACGAUUACACCGUUCCAAAACAACAAUGAUCGCGUAAAACGCGACUUGGAAGCUAGCCCGAAACCUCCUGCCAAGCCCGAAGCACCCAAAAACGAGACGGAACGACAGGCUAGAAAAUUCUGCGAUCAAGGUGGUGUGUUUUGCAUGCUGUACAAAGCCAUAAACGGUGAAUCCACCUACAGUUCACCAUCGUCCGUUCAUUUGCCAUUGGAAAGAAGAGAUGACGUGCCCACCCAACCCAGAUAUGAAGGUCCGCCGACUCCAUGUCCUGCCAAAGUCGAAUAUGCUACUCCUGUGUUCGCUAAAAACUACCAAGGCAUAUGGAGAUACAUCGUGCAGAUACCGUACGAGGGCUACUUUACCCAAACCGUUGAAGUUACCAGAUGCUUGCAAUCUAGAUGUCAUUAUUUGGACGGAGGCUGUUUGUCAUCGCCACGCUGGUCCAGUCUGUUGGUCGCAGAAAUUUACUAUCCGGACACCGUUUUGUCGAGCAGCGACACCGUGAAUCCGCAACGGAGUCCGGUUGCCGCAUCUCAGCCGCCAUCGGUGCAAGAUUUCCAGAACUACCAGCAAUAUCUUCACAAACGUGCCGGAUUGCAAGCGGCGCCUGUUGAUUCGUCGACGACCGCGAGACCGACCCAUUGUGAUGGGGUUGACGCUCUAGGUUGCUUCCAGGUGCGUCUCUAUUAUGAUUGGUUCCUGAUCCCGGGCUCGUGCAAAUGCUGGCGACCUGAUUACUUUAAUAAAUACGUGCGAAGGAAAUCCGACCUUUAAACGGCUUUUAACAAUUAAGACUGCUAAAUGUAACAUGACAUUUUUAUAGAUCAAUACACAGUUUAAAUUGAAAUUAUGCCUCGGUCGUCCAAUUCAUUGCCAUGAUUUGAAGGCUAGAUGGUAAUUAAAAUACUGAUCAAUGGAUUUGAUGAUAUUUAACAUAAAUUAAAUUAAUAAGUUCUUUCGUCGAUGUACAAAUUUUCUUAGUUAUUCUAGACUAUUAGUGGUUAGGUAUAUGUUUUGUUUUUGUUGCAUUUUUUGUUGUUUAAUUUAUUUUCUUUAGAAAAGUUUAUUAUUUAUUUGAGUCGACAAUGAAUUUAUAAGACUUGCACAUAAAUAUUAGUUUUUAAGGUUUAGCUUAUCAUUUAAAAGCAUAUUAAUUUAAUUGAUGAUACACAAAUCAUUUAUUAAAUUAUUUUGCUUUAAAGGGGGAGGUUUCGGUUUCUGUCAUUGUAUUAUAUUGUACAAUAGUAUAAACAAUAAAGUUUAUGUUUUA